UGUUUUGACUGCCAGCAGGAGGUUUAUAAACAGCCUGAACUCCGGAUAAAUUUCACAUUUAAGGAGAUGCACUGAGACGUGUGACGGUGUGACGUGUGAGAUGUUUAUUUCGACAGACGGCGAUGGAAACGCGUUAAUUCGGUGUUACAGCAAAGCUCGUGGGGUUAGACGGAGCAGCAGAGGGUACUGCUAGCGAUAAUGCUAAUGCUAACUGCUGGCACAAAACCUAUAGCACUGUAUUUUUUUUUUCCUUUAACGUUAUUUUGACAUUUUGUGAAGAAUUAACCUAGAAUUUACAACAACAACAACAAAACUCCACCUGUUGUCUCCGCUGGGUUGAUUACGUCAUCACACGUCAUCGCUUCCUCCUCCUCCUCCUCCUCCUGGGUCCGGACUCUCACCUGGAGCUCUGAGGCUGAUCUGGGACGGAGCUGAUGAAGCAGCAGGAGGCAGCGUGACGAUGGCGAGCUGCUGGAAGGCCACCCACUCUGCUGCUUUCACACGCCGCUGCUUGUUGUUGUUUGUGUUUGUGUUGUUGUUUGUGUUUGUGUUGACGGCGGAGGGUGCCGGCGCUGAGGUUACGAACAGCUCGGUGAUCGUGAGGCAGAUAGAUGGCCAGUUUGAGACCAGCUACCUCGACACGGUGACCAGCCACGAGCAGAUCAUCUACACCUUCAACCACACCGUCACCCGCAACAAGACGGAGGGGGUCCGGGUGUCAGUGGAGCUCCUGUCAGAGAGCACGAAGAGCCCCGUGUUGUUCGUAGUCAGGCAGAAGCAGGCCGUACUCUCCUUCCAAGUUCCUCUCAUCCUGCGUGGCCUUUAUCAGAGGAAGUACCAGUACACCCAGGUGAGCCGAACCCUGUGCCAGCCCCCGACGCUCGCCCUCUCUGAGACCCAGUUCUUCUAUGUGGACGUGUCCACUCUGUCCACCUCCAGCAUCCAGUUCCAGCUGCGGGUCAGCCGGGUGGAAAGCUUCACGCUGCAGACAAAUAAGAAGUUCAGCUUCAAUGCAACGCCUUCUCAACCACAGUUUUUUAAGUACGUGUUUCCAGAAGGAGCGGACACGGUUAUUGUGAAAGUCAACUCAGAGAAGAACUUUCCCUGCUCCGUCAUGUCUGUUCAGGACAUCCAGUGUCCCGUGUACGACCUGGACAACAACGUGGCGUUCAUCGGGAUGUACCAGACCAUGACCAAGAAGGCUGCCAUUACAGUGCAGAGGAAGGAUUUCCCCAGCAACAGCUUCUACGUGGUGAUCGUGGUGAAGACCGAGGACGAGGCGUGCGGCGGGCCGCUCAGGUUCUACCCCCUCUCGCCUGACGAGCUGAUGGACGCCGGGAACCGGAGCAAGACCCUGGACGUGGUUGUGUCUCCUGCCAUCGACUCCGAGGCGUACGUUAUGGGAAUGCUGUUCUGUCUCGGGAUCUUCCUGUCCUUCUACAUUUUGACCUUCCUGAUGGCCUGCAUCGAAAACAAAAGAAUGCACAAAAAGAAGGAGGAGCUUCUGAAGCCAGCUGACAUGUCGCCGGCGGAGACGGCCUCUCUCUUAGGAAAAACUCCAGCCUCUCCGUACGAAUAUGGCUCAUUUGCUGAUAACGCCAGCACUCUGAGCUCAGAGCCCGUGACGGACAGCCUGGCCUCCACCGAUGCUAAUUACGGCUUCAUGGGACAGGAGGCUUUCAAGCGUCGACCAAUCAGCACGCACCACAUAGUCGUCCGCUUCGAGCGCUCGUUACACACGGUGGGUGGCUGCGGACUGGAGGACGAUGACUCGGUGGAGGAGGACGACUACGACACGCUGACGGACAUCGACUCGGACAAGAACAUCGUCCGCACCAAGAAGUACCUGUGUGUCUCUGACCUCGCCCGGAAAGACAAGCGAGUGCUGAGCAAGAAGUACCAAAUCUACUUCUGGAACAUUGCCACCAUCGCUGUGUUCUACGCUCUGCCUGUGAUCCAGCUGGUCAUCACUUAUCAGACGGUUGUAAAUGUGACAGGAAAUCAAGACAUCUGCUACUACAACUUCCUGUGUGCACAUCCGCUAGGAGCUCUGAGCUCAUUUAACAACAUCCUGAGUAACCUUGGUUACGUGAUGCUUGGUCUCCUCUUCCUGCUCAUCGUCCUGCAGAGGGACGUCGUUCACAAGCGCGCGCUCAUGCGCAACGACAUCACCGCACUGGAGUGCGGCAUCCCCAAACACUUCGGUCUGUUCUACGCCAUGGGCACGGCGCUGAUGAUGGAGGGCUUGCUCAGUGCCUGCUACCACGUCUGCCCCAACUACACCAACUUCCAAUUCGACACGUCGUUUAUGUACAUGAUCGCGGGGUUGUGUAUGCUGAAACUGUACCAGAAGCGACACCCGGACAUCAACGCCAGCGCCUACUCCGCCUACGCCUGCCUCGCCGCCGUCAUCUUCUUCUCCGUGCUCGGGGUGGUGUUUGGGAAAGGGAACACAGUAUUCUGGAUCGUCUUCUCUGUGCUACACAUCGUGUUCACACUGUUGCUCAGCACUCAGCUCUACUACAUGGGCCGCUGGAGGCUAGAUUCAGGUAUCUUGCGCAGGAUACUUCAUGUGAUCUACACAGACUGCAUUCGCCAGUGCAGUGGACCCAUGUACAUAGAUCGUAUGGUGCUGCUGGUGAUGGGCAACAUUGUGAACUGGUCUCUGGCUGCGUACGGUCUCAUUAAAAAGCCAAACGACUUCGCUUCGUACCUGCUGGCCAUCGCCAUCUGUAACCUGCUGCUGUACUUCGCCUUCUACAUCAUCAUGAAGCUUCGGAGCGGUGAACGGAUCAAGUGUUUGCCGUUGGUGUGUAUUCUGUUCACGGCUGUAGUUUGGGGCUUCGCUCUUUUCUUUUUCUUUCAGGGACUCAGCACCUGGCAGAAAACGCCGGCGGAGUCUCGAGAGCACAAUCGCGACUGCAUCCUUCUCUUUUUCUUUGACGAUCACGACAUCUGGCACUUCCUGUCCUCGAUCGCCAUGUUCGGCUCCUUCCUGGUCCUGCUGACGAUGGACGACGACCUCAACAAGGUUCAACGAGACAAGAUCUAUGUCUUCUAGCACCUUCUUUUUUGAAUUGUCAUAGAAUUGUACAUUCUUCGCCUGAUUGCAGGCGUCAAACAAGUGUGAGUGAGUGUGUGCGUGCAUGUGUUUGUGUGUGGGGUAAAGGGUUAGGGCUCCCUACUGCACAUGGAUGCUAAUAGGACACUGAACGUGCCAAUCAAACCUGCCGCAUUUAUCAGAGCGCUGACCGACACGAAGGCGGGUGAGCGUCUCAAAGCUGAGAGAAGAAAACCUGCCAAGCAAACAGCAAUGCAUUUACUGUACACACUGUACACGCUGAGAGAGAGACAGAGUGUGUGUGUGUCUGUGUGUAUCCUGUCAACCUGUGGCCUUCUGUGGUUUUGAUCUUUGGUCCUGUUUUUGAAGGAUUGAUUGUAGCUCACUGUAACUGAGUCCUUUUCUAAGGAUGAUGAUGAUGGAAUCUACAUUGUAAAGUCUGCAACAAGAAAAAAGGUUUUAAUGACUGACAGUUACUGAAUAAAAUAUUUGUAAGGUUUUCUACACUGUGAA